GCGCGGCCAUCUUAGAAGUAAAACCGGCCCCUUCGCAGGAACUGGAGCCGAGCUCCUCCCCUCCGUUCCAGAGUUCCUGCGAUCUGCGAUUGCCCUCGGAAUCCCUCCCUCGAUCUACCCCGUUCGGUCUGUUUUCGUUUUCACUUGUGUACAGUGCUUUCGCGCGUGCGUGUGCGUGCGUGUGUUAGUGUUCUCCGUAGCCUCUGAGUGUCUUUUGUAACUUAAUUCUUCCACUUGAGACGCUGUCUCGCGCCCGCCGUCCCCCCCGCCCAUCCCGGCGAUCUCCGAUCCUAGACAAUGUCUAACCUGAUUUGACUGGCCCUAUUCCUGGGGUACGGCAAGCCUUUCACCUGCCGCACACACUCCCAGGUCUACAGACUGAUGAUCCUCUCCCCAAGAACGCUAACACAGGAGCUGUCCUCUGAGACUCUAGAUGACUUUAUUCUUCAAAUGGCUUUACCCUUCUCAUAGCUCCAGGGACCCUCCAUUCCCUGUAUCCAGGAAAAUGUGAUGAGCUACAGGUAUCAGCUUCUAGAUCACCAACCACUUCAUGUUCUAGCCACAAGUGACUCGAGUGGAAGAUCCAGGGGCAACAAAGUACGUCAGGAAGAUGCCUAAAGAACAAGGAGAAGAAGCUGCAGGAAAAGAGGUGUGCAGAUACCAGAUCAAAGAAUCGGACAAAGAAGAGGAACCACCGGCUGCUUCAUCCCAUGGCCAGGGGUGGCGUCCAGGUGGCAGAGCAGCUAGGAACUCAAAGCCUGAACCUGGGGCCAGACACUCUGCACUCCCUGCCAUGGUCAAUGACCCACCAGUACCUGCCUUACUGUGGGCCCAGGAGGUGGGCCAGGUCUUGGCAGGUCGUGCCCGCAAGCUGCUGCUGCAGUUUGGGGUGCUGUUCUGUACCAUCCUCCUCCUGCUCUGGGUGUCUGUCUUCCUCUAUGGCUCCUUCUACUAUUCCUACAUGCCCACAGUCAGCCACCUCAGCCCCGUGCAUUUCUACUACAGGACUGACUGUGAUUCCUCCACAUCCUUACUGUGCUCCUUCCCUGUUGCCAAUGUCUCGCUGGCUAAGGGUGGACGUGAUCGGGUGCUGAUGUAUGGACAGCCGUACCGCGUUACCUUAGAGCUUGAGCUCCCAGAGUCCCCCGUGAAUCAAGAUUUGGGCAUGUUCUUAGUCACCAUUUCAUGCUACACCAGAGGUGGCCGCAUCAUCUCCACUUCUUCGCGCUCCGUGAUGUUGCAUUACCGCUCAGACCUGCUCCGGAUGCUGGACACGCUGGUCUUCUCCAGCCUCCUGCUGUUUGGCUUUGCAGAGCAGAAGCAGGUCCUGGAGGUGGAGCUUUACCCGGAAUACAGGGAGAACUCGUACGUGCCGACCACAGGAGCGAUCGUCGAGAUCCACAGCAAGCGCAUCCAGCUGUACGGGGCCUACCUCCGCAUCCACGCGCACUUCACUGGGCUCAGGUACCUGCUUUACAACUUCCCGAUGACCUGCGCCUUUGUAGGCGUCGCCAGCAACUUCACCUUCCUCAGCGUCCUCGUGCUCUUCAGCUACAUGCAGUGGGUGUGGGGGGGCAUCUGGCCCCGGCACCGCUUCUCUCCACAGGUGAACAUCCGGAAAAGAGACUGUUCCCAAAGGGCAGUACAGCGAAGGAUCUCGGCCCGUCAUCCAGGCACAGGGCCCCAAGGCCAGGAGGAGCCAACCCAGCUAUCAGACAUCACAGAGGAUGGAGAGAGCCCUGAAGAUCCCCCAGGGGCAGAGGGCCAGCUCCCCGAGGAGGAGAAAGCAGAUCAGCAGCCCUUGAAUGGAGAGGAGGAGCUGGAGCCAGAGGCCAGUGAUGGUUCAGGCUCCUGGGAAGACGCAGCUUUGCUGACGGAGGCCAAUCUGCCUGGCCCUGCUCCUGUCCCUGUCCUUGCCCCUGCCCCUGCCCCAGAGACUCUGGGCAGUUCUGAACCCCCUGUGAGCAAUCUCCGACAGCGCUCCACCUGCUCUAGUUCCUGAAGAGAACGGGCCCGAGUCCUCACAUUCCAGUCCUUUCCCACCUGACCCCUUCUCCCUCUCCUUCUGUUCCCCCAAUAAACUAUUUUCAUGCCA